GAGGCAGAGACGGAGGUCCACAGACAGCAGCAGCAGCAGCAGCGUGCAGAGUUGCAGCAUGCAGACUGACCACUGACGCUGCUGUCGGAUUGAACACACAUGCACAGGAAACACACACCCCUGAGGAGUGUAUGAGACAUGUCCAUGGACACACACACACUGGCAGGGCAGCAGAGAGGAAAUACAGCGAACCCCCGAGCCUGAGGAGCUAUGGAGAGCAGCAUGUUCUUUGGUAACACAUGUCAGAAUGGCCUAAUGCCUGCUUUGGUACGUCCCACCCUGCCUGCUGUCCAGACGUCGCUGGGAAUGAAGCAGCUAUUCCCCAUUCCUUUGGAUACAGCCUCAGCGGUCAGCCUCUUCCCGGGAUUCAGCACGAUGGACCCGGUGCAGAAAGCCGUCCUCCAUCACACCCUCGGCCUCCCGCCCACCGCCAAGAGGAAGCACGUCUCCUGCAGCGUGUGCCAGCUGAGGUUCAACUCACAGAGCCAGGCCUUGGCCCACUACAAGGGCACCAAACACGCCAAGAAGCUAAAAGCCCUGGACACCCCGAAGAAUAAGCUCAAAGUGUCGGUGAUCGCCAAAGAACCUGCCAGCCAGGAGAGCGCCAAGGGCAUCAACAGCUCGCAGCUCCCCAGCGGUGCCGACAGGAAAGAUGGCGUCCCUGGAUCGGCGCCGCUGCCGCUGCCCCCGCCCGCUCUCAGACCGGCGCAGCCCCCGGCGGCCUUGGCGACCCCGACCGCCGUGCCGGCGCCGGCGCCUGCGGCCUGCGUGAAAGUCCAGAGCGCCGCGGCAGCUACAACCCCAGAGACUACUACCUCAGCUGCCGCCGGGGGGGACGAGACGCCGUCCAGGCUCCCCCCGCCCUCGGAGCCGGACCAGGAGCCCGAGGCCGAGCCGGAGCCGGAGGCGGAGACGGACACGGAGACGGAGGAGGAGAAGGCUCGCCGCCUCCUCUACUGCUCGCUCUGCAAAGUGGCGGUCAACUCGGCGUCGCAGCUCGAGGCUCACAACAGCGGUACGAAGCACAAGACGAUGCUGGAGGCGCGGAGCGGCGUGGGCUCCAUCAAGUCCUUCCCCCGGGCGGGGGUCAAGAGCAAACUGGCCACCGCCUCCAAGUCGUCCACGGGCCUGCAGAACAAAACCUUCUACUGUGAGACGUGCGACGUGCACGUCAACUCGGAGACGCAGCUAAAGCAGCACAUCAGCAGUCGGCGUCAUAAAGACCGAGCGGCAGGUAAACCAGCCAAACCCAAGUACAGCCCCUACAGCAAACCGCAGAAAGGCCAGACCAAGCAGCCGAUCAAGCUGAUUCUGGGGAAGGAGCGCCCCUGUCAGCCCCUGACCACUCAGAUCCUCCCCGCCCACCUGGCGGCAGUGGCCGCCGCCGCCGCCGCCGCCCUGGGCAACUCCUUCACGCACCGCAGCAGCCCCGCCUCCAGCCACGCCCCCAGCCCCGCCCUCUUCCAGACACAGUCGCUCCCCGCCGCGCUGCUCCGCCCGGCCCCCGGGCCUGUCAGGACCUCCCACCCGCAGGUCCUAUUUGCUCCGUACUGACCUGUGGGACGCGGGCGGCGGCGCUCAAGGACCAAACCUCCAGGCCAAGGAGUCUCAGCACCUCCUUCUAUGCAUCCCGGAUAUGAAACAUCUCCACGCCAUGACCGGACCUCCAUCCAAGCUUUCCUCCUGCUGGGUCUCUAAUCUCACUGGACUGUACAUGCUUUCUGUGCCACCCCACCCACCCGUCCGCCCCCACCCUCCCCGGACUCGGACCUACAUCGUACCGCAAUAAUGUAUAAGACGAACCCUCGUGAACUAUGCAGUGUCAUUACUUCAUGUCGCCGUUGGAGCUCUGCUUUCUGACCGUCGCUUUAGCGGAGGAUUCCCCGUCUGUCGUCAUUCCACAGGUUGCCGCUGGUGGCGAGCGCGAGCGAAGGCCCUCCUCUGUUCCUGUAUGCACUUUAAGCCCCUCCUCCGUCGAUGUCCACAUUAGAUGCCUAGACUGUGUUAGAUGGUUAGUAUGUGUCGUAAUGUGUGUUUUUUGUACUUGUCCUUGCAUACUCGUCCGUGUGCCUGGGUGCGUACUUUUUGCAUGUGUGUUUGCGGGUGUGUGUGGGUGUGGGUGUGGGUGUGUGUAUGUGUGUGUGUGUGUGUGUGUGUGUGAGACUGUGACUGAGAGCUUUCCACCCAGCAUAAGCCAUCCCAGUCGAUAUCCGGCACACAUUCUCACUGAUCAUGUCUGGGGCCAGAGGGACCACAAAGGCUCGUCUGUGUUUAACUGUCAGUGUGUAAAAGGUGAAAAGUUUCAAAUAAAAGAGCCCUAAUUUGUUCA